AGCCAACAACCCAACCAUCCAACCAACCAAGUUUAUAACGCCCCCAUCAUUUGGUGUUAUCGGGGCACAUUAAAUACGACACGGCUAUAUACGUAUUUAUUGGCCCUCUAGUUUACAAGUCCUAUUUAUGGCCGUCUAUGGAAAUUUCAAAAUGACACUGAUGAAAUUUUAAUAACCGGGCGAUCACUUUUGAGAUUCUCGACGCUGACAUCGUUGUGUUCCUCGCGAGUUGUGGUGGGAACCUUAGCUAGAACCUUCACUUUAGUCUUUUGCUAACGCUCGAACUAGACGGACGCGGAACAAUAAGAAACGGGUGACGACAUUGUAUUUUAGUUUAGUCACUGGCUAGUCGAAAGAGGCGCGCUCGCGAUCUCUUUUUAUUUUUGGCAAGAUAAUUUUCGGUUUAUAACGAAGGAAUAAAAGAAAGCAAGCGGCUGAUGUGCGUGUGUGUGUGUAUCAGUGCGGACGAUCACAUUCAAAUAUCAAUUGCAAGCGUUUUGAGUCUGGAAACUUGUUGCUUCACUUGUUGUUAAGAAGCUGGAAUAGAUAGCAUUUCGUCGAUCUAAAAUUGAUGGUUCCCUAAAACUAACAGAUACUCAUUCAAUCACAAAAUGACGUCACCCGGAGACACAGCGACGAAAAAGAAAAACAAUAUUUUGGCGCAAUUUACAAAUCCCCAAAAGAAAAAUGAAGAAGCGGGCGAGAAAGUGCCCAAGGCCCCAUCGAUAUCGUUCUUCCAGUUGUUCCGCUACUCAACGAUAAGUGAACGCUUUAUGAUGCUAAUUGGCGUUCUGUUGGCCUGCAUUGCGGCCGGUGGUAUGCCCUAUUCGAUUGUGAUUUAUGGUGAAUUUUCUUCUCUGAUGGUGGAUCGUACGGUGGGUGUGGGCACCUCUUCGUCGACACUGAUUUUACAUCUCUUUGGUGGUGGAAGGAAAUUAACCAAUGCCACCUAUGAAGAAAACAUGGAGGCAAUACGUGAAGAUUCCAUGGCCUUUGGUUUGGGCAGUGUGGCCGGGGCCAUUGCCCUACUGAUUUUAAUAGCCGCAGCUGUAGAUAUCUUAAAUCGCACAGCCCUCAAACAAAUCGGUCGCAUACGCAAAGAAUAUUUGGAAUCGAUUUUGAAACAGGACAUGUCAUGGUUUGAUACCGCCUCGGGAAAUAAUUUUGCCAGUCAAAUGUCAGAGAAUCUCAACAAAAUGAAGGAAGGCAUCAACGAAAAGGUUGUCAUUUUCAUUUUCCUCAUCAUGUCCUUUGUCAUUGCCAUUGUGGCAUCCUUUGUCUAUGGCUGGCAAUUGACCUUGGUCGUAUUGGCCAGCUGUCCUUUGAUUAUUAUUUCCACCGCCUUGGUGGCCAAAAUUCAAAGCUCGCUGACGGAAAAGGAAUUGAAGGCAUAUUCUGGAGCCGGAGCAGUUGCCGAAGAGGUCCUCGGAGGCAUACGCACUGUCUUUGCCUUUAGCGGUGAGCGCAAGGAACAAGAACGAUUUUCUCAACGUCUGAUUCCAGCCGAGACCAUUGGACGUCGCAAGGGUCUGUUCUCAGGCUUGGGAGCUGGCACCAUGUGGUUUAUCAUCUACUGCUGUUACGCCAUUGCCAUGUGGUAUGGCGUGAGUUUGAUCUUGAAUGAACGUCAUGAUGAAAAUCGCCAUUACACUCCAGCCGUGUUGGUCAUCAUUCUCUUCGGUGUCAUUAUGGGUGCCCAGAAUCUGGGCUUCUCGUCGCCCCAUUUGGAAUCUUUUGCCACGGCCAAGGGUGCUGCCCAUAGUAUCUUCACCACAAUUGAUCGGGAGUCCAGCAUAGAUCCCCUGUCGGAUAAAGGAGAGAAACCUGCAGAUGUUGUUGGCAACAUCGAAUUUGAAAAUAUCCAUUUCCGUUACCCCGCCCGACCUGAUGUGGAGAUAUUGAAAGGGUUCUCGUUGAGCAUAAAGACGGGCCAAACGGUGGCUUUUGUCGGCCCCUCGGGAUGUGGCAAGUCCACUACACUGCAGCUGAUGCAACGUUUCUAUGAUCCUCUAGGCGGCUGUGUUAAACUGGAUGGUCGUGAUUUGCGCAAUUUGAAUGUGUCCUGGCUGCGUUCCCAAAUCGGUGUUGUGGGCCAAGAACCGGUACUGUUUGCCACCACCAUUGAGGAGAACAUCCGCUAUGGCAAAACCGACUGCACCAUGAAGGACAUUGAAAAGGCUGCCCGCAUUGCCAACUGCCAUGAUUUCAUAAUGAACUUACCCAAUGGCUAUCAGACUAAGGUGGGAGAGCGUGGCGCCCAAAUGUCCGGAGGUCAAAAGCAACGUAUUGCAAUUGCCCGGGCCAUCAUUAGAGACCCAAAAAUUCUGUUGCUCGAUGAGGCCACCUCGGCUUUGGAUCCCACUUCCGAAAGGCGUGUACAGGAUGCUCUGGAAGUUGCCAGCAAGGGCCGAACCACUUUGGUGGUAUCACAUCGUCUGUCCACCAUUACCAAUGCCGAUAACAUUGUGUUUGUCAAGGAUGGGGUGGUGGCUGAGCAGGGUACCCAUGAAGAGCUAAUGGCUAAGGGUGGUUUGUACUAUGAACUGGUUAAGAUAUCGCAGCGACGCGAACAAGUCGAUGAAAGUGUCGACAAUUCCCAAAUGGAUUUCCAUAAAAAGGCCAGCGCAGAGAAUGACAGCGAGGAGGAGGACGACGACGAUGAUGAUGGUAGCAGCAGCGAGGAAGAAGAUGAGGGCAAUGAAGUAGUCAAUGUCGAAACACCCCAAAAGCCAUCGAGCGAAUUGGGUGUCACCAACAAAGCAUAUGAGGGUUCAGCGGAAGAAAAAAUUGGCAAUGGUUUGAAGAGAAAAGGCAGCAAAAGGAAGAGGAAAUCCAAAGACGUGGAAAAAUAUAAAAUUUCCUUUUCACAAUUGAUGCGUCUAAAUGCCCCCGAAUGGAAGUUUCUGCUGAUCGGUUGUGUUGCGGCCUGCUUGCAUGGUGCCACCUUCCCUAUUUGGGCGGUGUUCUUUGGCGAUUUCUUUGGAAUUCUCUCCGAUGAUGAUGAACAGGUUGUCAGAGAUGGUGCCAACUUCUUGUCCUACAUCUUCAUUGGCAUUGGUUUGGUGGCUGGCAUUGGAGCCCUGUUGCAAACGUACAUGUUCAAUACGGCCGGCGUGAAGAUGACAACACGUCUUAGGAAUAUGACCUUCCAGACUUUGUUGAGGCAGGAGGUGGCCUACUUCGAUGAUGAAAAAAAUUCGGUGGGUGCACUGUGUGCUCGCCUGGCGGGAGAUUGUUCCAAUGUUCAGGGGGCAACCGGAGCUCGUAUAGGCAUCAUAGUUCAGGCCUUGUCCACCCUGUCCGUGGGUGUAUUGGUGGCCUUCAUCUUCUCAUGGCAGCUGACUCUGGUGACAUUGGUCAUCAUACCAUUUUUAUGCUUCUCAAUUGUCCUAGAGGCAAAAUUCACGGAAUCCUUUGUUGCCAAUGAGAAACAAGCCGUCGAACAGGCCUCUCAGGUCGCAGUAGAAGCUAUUACAAAUAUACGCACCGUAACCAGCUUGGGUCAAGAGCGAGACAUUGUCAAACGUUAUAGCGAACAAAUCGAACUGGUGGACAGGGCGUGUGCCAAGAAGUUACGUUAUCGUGGCUUGGUCUUUGGUUUGGGUCAAUGCUCCCCGAUUUUGGCCUAUGGUCUAUCCUUGUAUUAUGGCGGAACUUUGGUGGCCGAUGGCGUCUUGCCCUAUGAGAAUAUUAUAAAGGUUUCGGAAGCCUUGAUCUUUGGUUCUUGGAUGUUGGGUCAGGCCUUGGCCUAUGCCCCCAAUGUAAAUGAUGCCAUCAUGUCAGCGGGACGUUUGUUGAAACUAUUUGAACGUGUGCCGAAAAUGCAAUGUGCCACCUCGAAGCCAUUCAAUACAGCCGAUAAAUGUGAGGGUGACAUAACCUAUGAAGAUGUCUACUUUGAGUACCCCACCCGUAAGGGUAUUCCAAUUUUGGAUAACUUCAAUUUGCAAAUACCCAAAGGCAGUACCGUGGCCUUGGUGGGUCCAUCGGGUUCGGGCAAAUCAACUUGUGUCCAGUUGCUGCUGCGUUACUAUGAUCCCGUCCGGGGUUCCGUAAAUCUGAGCAAUACCUCGACCACAGAAUUCCCCAUCGAUACGCUACGCUCCAAAAUGGGUUUGGUGUCACAAGAACCGGUUCUCUUCGAUCGCAGCAUAGCCGAGAACAUUGCCUAUGGCAAUAAUUUCCGUGAAAACAUACCCAUGGCGGAAAUCAUUGAGGCGGCGAAGAAGGCAAAUAUUCACAAUUUCAUUACAUCUUUGCCGCAGGGCUAUGACACUUCGCUGGGCAGCAAAGGUACCCAGCUGUCGGGUGGUCAGAAACAACGCAUAGCCAUAGCCCGAGCCAUGGUAAGGAAUCCCACCAUUCUCAUACUGGACGAGGCCACAUCAGCUCUUGACAUGGAGAGUGAAAAGGUUGUGCAAGAGGCUCUAGAUGUGGCCCGCAGUGGCCGUACCUGUGUCACAAUUGCCCAUCGUCUGACCACGGUGCGUGAUGCCGAUCUGAUCUGUGUUCUGAAGAAGGGUGUCAUUGUCGAACAGGGCACCCACGAUGAACUGAUGGCCAAACGUGGUCUCUACUAUGAUCUGUACUUGAUGCAACAAGUUGCUUAGUUAGGUUUUUUUUUUCUAGGUUAGGUCUCUUUUUUUUACCACAAACAUGAAGUAUUAGACAUUUAAUUGUUUAUUAUUAAUUUAAUAAUAGAAAAAAAAAACA